GCGACGCUCGGGUCCGGCUCGUUCGUCGUCGUCGUCGUCCCCCCCGCGCGGGCACCGCGGCCGCGGUUUCCGCCCGGCGCGAGCGCGCGCCGCCGGCACGGAGCGGGCGGCGGCCAUGUCGGACAGCGGGGCGAGCCGCCUGCGGCGGCAGCUGGAGUCGGGCGGGUUCGAGGCGCGGCUGUACGUGAAGCAGCUGUCGCAGCAGUCGGACGGCGACCGCGACCUGCAGGAGCACCGGCAGCGCGUGCAGGCGCUGGCCGAGGAGACGGCGCAGAACCUGAAGCGCAACGUCUACCAGAACUACCGGCAGUUCAUCGAGACGGCGCGCGAGAUCUCCUACCUGGAGAGCGAGAUGUACCAGCUGAGCCACCUGCUGACGGAGCAGAAGAGCCGGCUGGAGAGCAUCCCGCUGGCGCUGCUGCCGGCCGCCGCGGCGGGCGCCCCGGCCGGGGAGGACGCCGCCGCCGCCGCCGCCGCCGCGGGCCCGCGCGCGCGCGCCCCGCCCGCCGCCGCCGCCGCCGCCCCGCGCGACCCCGCGGCCCCGGGCGGCGAGGAGGGCCCGCGGCGCACGCUGACGACGCUGCUGGAGAAGGUGGAGGGCUGCCGCGCGCUGCUGGAGGCGCCGGGCCAGCGGCUGGUGUACAACGGGGACCUGGUGGAGUACGAGGCGGACCACAUGGCGCAGCUGCAGCGCGUGCACGGCUUCCUGAUGGACGACUGCCUGCUGGUGGCCACGUGGCUGCCGCAGCGGCGCGGCGCCUACCGCUACGACGCGCUCUACCCGCUGGACGGGCUGGCGGUGGUCAACGUCAAGGACAACCCGCCCAUGAAGGACAUGUUCAAGCUGCUCAUGUUCCCCGAGAGCCGCAUCUUCCAGGCGGAGAACGCCAAGGUCAAGCGCGAGUGGCUGGAGGUGCUGGAGGAGACCAAGCGCGCGCUGGGCGAGAAGCGGCGGCGCGCGCAGGAGCAGGCCGCCGCCCCCCGCGCCCCGCCGGCGGCGCCCGCGCGCGGCCCGCCCGCGGAGGAGGCCGCGCCCGCCGCCGAGCCCGCCGAGCCCGCGGAGCCGCCGGCCGAGCGCGUGGACCUCUCCCUGGAGUGGAUCCAGGAGCUGCCCGAGGACCUGGACGUGUGCAUCGCCCAGCGCGACUUCGAGGGCGCCGUGGACCUGCUCGACAAGCUGGGCCGCUACCUGGAGGACAAGCCCAGCCCCCCGCCCGUGAAGGAGCUCCGCGCGCGCGUGGACGAGCGCGUGCGCCAGCUCACCGACGUGCUGGUGUUCGAGCUGUCCCCCGACCGCUCGCUGCGGGGCGGGCCCCGGGCCACGCGCCGGGCCGUGUCCCAGCUGAUCCGGCUCGGCCAGGGCACCAAGGCCUGCGAGCUGUUCCUGCGCAACCGGGCCGCGGCGGUGCACACGGCCCUCCGCCAGCUGCGCAUCGAGGGCGCCACGCUGCUCUACAUCCACAAGCUGUGCCACGUCUUCUUCACCAGCCUCCUGGAGACGGCCCGGGAGUUCGAGACGGACUUCGCGGGCACCGACAGCGGCUGCUACUCGGCCUUCGUGGUGUGGGCCCGGUCGGCCAUGGGCAUGUUCGUGGACGCCUUCAGCAAGCAGGUGUUCGACAGCAAGGAGAGCCUGUCCACGGCCGCCGAGUGCGUGAAGGUGGCCAAGGAGCACUGCCGGCAGCUGGGGGAGAUGGGGCUGGACCUCACCUUCGUCAUCCACGCGCUGCUGGUGAAGGACAUCCGGGGCGCCCUGCACAGCUACAAGGAGAUCAUCAUCGAAGCCACCAAGCACCGCAACUCGGAGGAGAUGUGGCGGCGGAUGAACCUGAUGACGCCCGAGGCGCUGGGCAAGCUCCGGGAGGAGAUGAGGAGCUGCGGGGUGGGCGACUUCGAGCAGUACACGGGCGACGACUGCUGGGUGAACCUGAGCUACACGGUGGUGGCCUUCACCAAGCAGACCAUGGGCUUCCUGGAGGAGGCGCUGAAGCUCUACUUCCCGGAGCUGCACAUGGUGCUGCUGGAGAGCCUGGUGGAGGUCAUCUUGGUGGCCGUCCAGCACGUGGACUACAGCCUCCGCUGCGAGCAGGACCCGGAGAAGAAGGCCUUCAUCAGGCAGAACGCCUCCUUCCUCUACGAAACCGUCCUCCCUGUGGUGGAGAAGCGGUUCGAGGAGGGGGUCGGGAAGCCGGCCAAGCAGCUCCAGGACCUGAGGAACACAUCCAGACUGGUCAGGGUGAACCCGGAGAGCACCACCUCCGUGGUCUGAGCCCUGCCGGGACGGAGCCUGCUCACAUUCACGUUAGGUACACCUGUGUACUGCUUAUAGCCUUCCGUCGGUAACAAAAAAUGCCCACUUGGAAAAACUCGGUAAACCCAUAGAACAAAGAUGCUAUUAGAAAAACUGAAACAUCCUGUACUUUCAAAUUACGCUAUUUCUUUUAAAAAAAAAUCUUUUUUGGGACUACAAAUGUGAUGUACAGAAGGGGGGGUUACAGUUACAUAAGUCAGGUAAAGAGUACAUUUCUGGCUGGGAAUGUAUCUCUUGGUGG